AUGGAUCGCCGGCGCGCCGAAGACCAAACCCGCCGCCGUGAAGCUCAAUACCAAUAUGCCGCACACACGCAGCCGCCAGCCACUCCAUCACCAAAACGACCUAGAGAAGAGCAACGGGACUCUGUCGAGUCCACUCUACAUCACUAUGACGCCUGUUUCCGCGUCAAGGAGCUUGCGUCAUCAACGCGAUCCUGGUGCCACGAAGUUCCACUUGCCCUUCAGGUUGAGGCCUCCAAGUCUUUCUACCAAGCGUUUACGGACGAGAGGACGUUGCCGGUCUCCCACUGCGUCUUCUGCUACAGGAAGACAUCGCCUUGCGAACUCACCACCAUGCAGUGGAGGGGUUGUCUGUCGCCCUUGCUGCUACAGACGGCCAUGGCUCUCCAGGAGUGUGAUGCGUGCCUUCCGUCGCACGAGGGCGCCGGAGUUGACGUGUGCCGCGAGUGUCGCGCCAGCUUCGACAGUGGGCGGCUGCCUAAGGCCUGCUCGGUCAACAACAUGGCCAUCGGUUGUGAGCACCGGUACCCCGAAGAGCUUGAUGACCUCUCUCCCGUCGAAGAGAGACUCAUUGCCCUGCAUGCACCUUUUGGCUAUAUCACUAAGUUCACCGUCGACAACAAGACCCGUUCGGGAAUCAGUUACCGCAAGCACGUGAAAGGACAUAUUGUCGUCUUUCCGAACAAAGUGGACGAUCUCGUGGCCACGGUUCUUCCUCAUCCCUUGCUGCAGGCCAUCGAGAACAUUCACGUCUCUUGGAGCGGUUCGGCUAAGCCUGGCUCCGCAGACGUCAGAAACCUGCUUCAGGUGCGCAAAUCUCGAGUGGCAGCUGCCUUGGCAUGGCUACAAAGGAACAACCCGCUUUAUGAGGGUAUCGCAAUCAACCAAGCAGAGAUGGACGGCUGGCAGUAUGCCGACGGCUCCACUGUUCCGACCGUCAUCAUGGACCGCAUGCGAAGAGAGGAACCGUCGACUGUUGAGAAGACACAAACGGACCACAUAGUCCCGGACACCGAUCGAGGCUUGCAGGAAAACAGCUUUAGAAGCAUCGAUGAACUGGUGAACUCGAUCGAUCCUACUUUCAUCGCCGAAUCUUGCGAUUUGAACUGUACUCUGUCGACCGAGCAGACUCAACCCUCUCCUGGUGAGCCGGUGACUCUUGUCCCCGACUCGGCUGCCAUCGGCCAGGAAGUGGACACUGUCUGUGAGACGUCUACAUCCGGCAUGUUUCCUCUCGAUGGUCCGGCUGCCUUCGCCGAGUCCGAUAAACUGUCGUUUCUGGCCGACAUCGUCAACGCCAAUCCGGAUCGACAUGGCAACUCUGUGCUGCUCGAGCAAGCGUAUGCGAACUUGAACGAGGACCGACUGAAGAGAGCCGAGGCGGAGAUGCGGGAGACAAGGACCACGUCGGACCCUGACAUAUCGGUCUUGCUUCGCGAGCUGUCGAUUUUGGCCACGCACAGCCGCUCUCGAACGAAUCCCGUUUGCUUAUGCGGAGGAAGAUACAAGCUGUUAACAUUUGGGCCGAUGAAGCUUGCCAUUCAUAGGCUGCACGAUUAUGACUCUGCAAAGGAGCUUUUGGCCGAUCUCCGUGAAAAGUACGACAGAAUCGCCCUCAGCACCAUGGAUCCGGUCAGCUCGGCCAUCUUCUUCCACCGAGAAAUAUCCUAUUCUUUGACAAAUACGUGA